UGACAGAACUAAGAAGAGCCAAGACGUGGGAAAAUCAUGGUGAACACGAGACAGAGCUCCAAGCACAAGCCAUGCACUCCAUUCAUCUCUUCCCGGACAAGGUCGGCUGCUAGGAACAAUCCAAACUCGGAGGAGCACAACCAUAGAAAGGACCCCAGCAGUGAUGUCAGCUCCUCCUGUAGCCCCCGUUUAUCACCCCCAUCCAAGAGGACCCGCAGACAGACCACUCCGAGCUCCAGUGACACAUCCCCCAGCCCACAGAGCAAAGGCCAGAGAGUAACCUGGAGCAUUCCUACAUACUGCACCAGGUUAUCCUCUGCUUUACAAAAUGGACACGCUCGACUGAACCAGAGGGGAGACGAAAGUAAGAAUGGAGACCAUGCUCACAUGAAUGGGCAUGUGGAACUUAAGAGGAGCUGCCGUUCAAGGAAGAGCCAGUAUGAGCAUCUUAACCAGAGCCUGCUGUUUGACCAGCUCGUCAACAGUACUGCGGAGGCUGUGCUGCAGGAAAUGGAUAACAUCAGCAACAUACGACAGAACCGUGAGGUGGAGCGGCUCAGGAUGUGGACUGACACAGAACUGGAAAACAUGGAUAUGUAUUCCCGUGUCAAGAGGAGGAAAGCUAUGCGCAGGAACUCAUUUGGAAUGCAAACACAUCACAAAGUCCUCAGCCAAUCAGAAGAGCCAGGAGAAGAGGAAGGCACAGAGGAAUCACAUGAAGAGGGUGAAGAGGAUGACGAAGGUGAAGACGAUGAUGAAGAUGACGAAGAGGAUGAGGCAGAGGAGGCUGGAGAAGAGAAUGACAGACCAUACAACCUCAGGCAGCGAAAGACUGUACAGCGAUAUGAGGCGCCCCCUAUAGAGCCAGUGAACAGGAAGCAAAGCAAGAACACACUGUUUGAUACACAUAGAUCCCCUGCCAGAAGAAGCCAUAUAAGAAUUAAGAGGCAUGCCAUUCACAGUAGUGACACCACGUCGUCAUCAGACGAGGAGAGGUUUGAACGGAGGAAAAGCAAGAGCAUGACGCGUGCUCGCAACAGAUGCCUGCCCAUGAACCUGCGAGUGGAGGAUCUUGCGAGUGGAGUUCUGCGAGAUCGUGUGAAAGUCGGUGCUAGCUUGGCUGACGUGGAUCCCAUGAACCUCGACACAUCUGUUAAGUUUGACAGUGUUGGAGGACUGACCAAUCACAUACAGGCCCUGAAAGAGAUGGUGGUUUUUCCUCUGCUUUACCCAGAGGUCUUUGAGAAGUUUAAAAUCCAGCCACCCAGAGGUUGCCUUUUCUAUGGGCCUCCCGGUACGGGUAAGACGCUGGUGGCACGAGCGUUGGCCAAUGAGUGCAGCCAAGGUGACAGGAAGGUGGCGUUCUUUAUGCGGAAGGGGGCGGACUGCCUCAGUAAGUGGGUAGGCGAAUCUGAACGACAGCUCCGCCUACUCUUUGACCAGGCAUACCUCAUGCGUCCCUCCAUCAUCUUCUUUGAUGAGAUUGACGGCCUUGCGCCUGUGCGUUCCAGUAGACAGGAUCAGAUACACAGCUCUAUAGUGUCCACCCUGUUGGCUUUGAUGGAUGGUUUGGACAGUCGAGGGGAGAUAGUAGUCAUCGGUGCUACAAACAGAAUCGACUCUAUCGACCCCGCACUCAGGAGGCCUGGCCGUUUCGACCGGGAAUUUCUGUUCAACCUACCUGAUAAAAAGGCCCGAAAGCACAUUUUAGAGAUCCACACCAGGGACUGGAACCCAAGGCUGGCCGAAUCCUUUUUGGAUGAGUUGGCAGAGAAAUGUGUUGGCUACUGUGGUGCUGACCUCAAAGCACUUUGUACGGAGGCAGCGUUAGCGGCGUUGCGUCGCCGUUACCCUCAGAUCUACAGCAGCAGUCUGAGGUACCAGCUUGACGUGAGCUCCAUCGUGCUGGGCCCUCAGGACUUUGGCCACGCCCUGCGCUCUAUCGUACCCGCCGCCCAGCGAGCUCUCGCUCCUCCCGGCCGCGCCCUCUCCAGCACCAUCCAGCCCCUGCUGGAGGGGGCACUAGCAAGCGUGCUGGCCUGCCUGCUCCGAGUCUUCCCCCAUGCAGAACUCCCACACAGGGAAAACACACAUGACACUGACAAUCAGCUGUUUGACGAGGACUCUUUCAGUGAGUGUGACGGUGAGGCUGGUACUCCCUCUAUCUAUGAACUUCAAUUAGGGUCCCCAAAGAAAGCCGGCAACUCCUCUACAACCAGACCAUUCCUCCAUUUUACCACGUCUGCCUACCUGCAGCCCACCUCGUACCGCCCAAGGCUGCUGUUGACGGGACCACGGGGGUCCGGCCAGAGUACGCAUCUGGCCCCCGCCAUCCUCCAUCACCUGGACAAAUUCACUGUGCACCGCUUAGACCUGCCCACACUCUACUCAGUCAGUGCCAAGACCCCAGAAGAGUCCUGCGCUCAGGUGUUUCGGGAGGCUCGACGGAGCAUCCCCAGCGUGGUUUACAUGCCUCACAUUGGUGAUUGGUGGGAGGCCAUCAGUGAGACGGUGAAGAGCACCUUCCUCACACUGCUGCAGGAUGUUCCCUCUUUCACCCCGCUCCUCAUCCUCGCCACAGCCGAGACCAGUUACAAACAGCUCCCUGAGGAGGUGAAAAGCAUCUUCAGUAUCUCGUAUGGAGAAGUAGCGUGUUUGAAUAUGCCGGGUGAGGACGACCGCCGUAAGUUCUUCAGUGACCUCAUACUGGUGCAGGCAGCGAAGGCACCACCCCAAAGGAGAAAAACAGUACAAGACAUGGAGGUACUAGUCCCAGUAGAGGACCUUGGCCCCCGGCAGCUCUCUCCAGAGGAGCAGCGUCGUCUGGAAGAACAGGAGGAGAACACCCUCCGUGAACUCCGCCUCUUUCUCAGGGACGUCACCAAGCGACUGGCCACUGACAAGCGCUUCCAAAUUUUCAGCAAGCCCGUGGACAUAGAGGAGGUAUCAGACUACCUAGAGGUUAUCAGACAGCCCAUGGACUUGUCUACUAUUAUGACAAAAAUCGACACCCACAAGUAUACGACGGCCAAGGACUUUUUGUUGGACAUUGACCUCAUCUGCAGCAAUGCUUUGGAGUACAAUCCAGACAAGGACCCAGGAGAUAAGAUCAUACGUCACAGGGCCUGCAGUCUGAAGGACACGGCUCACGCCAUGAUCGCCUCCGAACUGGAUCCUGAAUUUGACCGUAUGUGUGAGGAGAUUAAAGAAUCCCGCAGGAAAAGAGACAUCCAGACUGCACCACAACAGCCCUCUACCCAGGGCGCUGUGGCAACAAAGAGGCCAACCGGGGAGGAACCUGCCAGGAGCAGUACUCAGGGCGAUGGAGUGGACAAGCAAUGUAGCAAUAAUAUGAGACGUAAAGUGCGGCGACGCCCAUCCUGGGGGCGGGGAAUUAUCAGGAAGAAGAAAAGCUACAAGAAAGAGGAGGCUGAGGAAGAGGAAGAUCAUGAGGAUGGGGGAGAAGGUGAGGAAGGGGCGGAGGACUCGGCCACCGUCGGCUUGGGUGACUCCAGCCUCACUCAGGACGAAUCCUCCUGUGAUACAAUGGACACCCUUCCCCACAAACAAGCCCCCCAACCCAACGGGCACGUAGUGUCCACUGAGGAGGAGAACUCCAGCGAACCUCCUUCAACUCAAGACCCUCAGGACAGGGAGGAAGGAAAGACCACCUCCCCAGAAGAACCUCACAAGGAAGAGAAAGACUGUACGUCCGCCACCUCCGGUCCACAGGAUUGUGUGAAUGGGAAUGAGUCCAUGGACAGUGAGGACAGUGAGACUAACAGAGAUGGAGGUGGAACGGAGGCGCACGAUGCUAAAGAGCGGAACCCAGGGGAUUAUGGAGAGCCUGCUACCCCAGAAUGCAGUACAAAAGAGAGCAGGGUGUGGACAGAAGGCAUAGCUAGUGACGCAGAGCACAAGACAGACGAUGGGGUCAAAGGGAAGAGGUGCGGAAGGAGCCAAUCAGAGCACCAAUCAGAGCAAGAUGCAGCCGCAGAUAUACAAGAGGAUCCCCCACAGAUGGCACCCCUACCUGCUCUAGUGGUCGAUCACCAGCGACUAUUGGCCUUGUUGGAUCAAGUCGUGUUGAAAACUGAGAACUGCAGCGUGGAUCAGCUGGAAAGACUCUACUCACUGCUACGGCAGUGCAUCUACCAGCAUCGCAGGGACUACAACAAGACACAACUGAUCCAGGAGAUGGAAAGACAAGUCCAGCAUUUCACAACAUUCCCGUGAGAAUUCAGAGGCUUCUGAGUUAAAUGGUAAUUGGAG